CUUCAUUAAUUUUUCGUCAGGGUUUUGGUUUCAAGAAAAUGGAAGAAGAAAACGAUGAGCCGGAGGAAAAGUUCAAAGUCAAGUUGGAGCUGCGGCCGGAGGAAGGCCAGCCGCUCGUCUUCGCGGUCUACAAGAGGCGGUGGGCCAUGCUGGCUCUCUUCAUCGCCUACGCCGUUCCCAACUCGUUCCAGGUGUUCCAGUACUCGAUCGUCACCGACGAGGUCAUGCAGUUUUACAACGUGCAGCCGAUCGCCGUCAACUGGACAGCCACCGUCUACAUGCUCGCCAAUGUCGUCGCAAUUUUCCCGUCCACCUGGUUUUACAACAGAAUGGGAUUGCGGGUGUCGCUGCUUUUGGCGAUGGGAGGAACUUGCUUAGGCGCCUGGAUCAAGGUGAUCUCGGUGAGCCCUGACCGGUUCUGGGUGGCAAUGCUGGGCCAGACGAUCAGCGCCUUGUGCUCGAGCUACGUGCUCAACAUCCAGGUGCCGCUGGCCGCCACCUGGUUCGGCCCCAAGGAAGUUUCCACCGCCUGCUCCAUCGGCACCCUCGGAGCACAGAUCGGCGGCGCCCUGGGCUUCCUCCUUCCCGUGGCUCUCAUCCCGGAAGACGGCGACGCGGCCGCCAUCGAAUGGGGCUUUUAUUACAUUGCCUACGGUCUCGCAAUCUUCUGCACCCUGGCCUUCAUCCUCCAGUUGAUUUUCCUGGAGUCGGAGCCGCCGACUCCGCCAGGCAACGCGCAGGCGAUUCGCGCGAGAAGGAGAGAGUCUGUGCUGGAAUAUUUGAAGUCGCAGUUCAGGUUGCUGUUCAACUUGAAUUUCGUGCUCGUCUUCCUCUCGUACGGCAUCAACCUGGCCGUUUUCUCCGCAGUCGGGGUCUUCCUCAGUCUGAUGAUCGUCCGCAAUUUCCCGGUUUGGCUCGUUCAAUUCGUGUUUUCAGUAUUUCCAGACGAAAUUUUGAUUUCAUCUACGUCGCGGCAGCAAUUUACGGGUACAAAUUUGAUAAUUUUCUUUUCAACCGAUUCCCGAUUUAAUUUGAUCGUUUUUUUCAGCAUUGCAAUCGUUGGCUACUGGCCGGCCGCAUUCGAAUUCGCGGCCGAGCUGACCUACCCUGAACCUGAGGCGAGUUCGGCCGCAAUGAUGAUCUUCGGCGGCCAAAUUCUUUCCGUUUUGUUCACGCUGGCCUACGGCUGGUUGUUCGUGCCCUUCGGCGACCUGGCCAGCAACCUUUUCAUGACCGGACUUCUGGUAGUCGGCGUUGUGCUCACCUUCUUCGUCAAGUCCGACCUGAAGAGGCAGCAGGCGGAAAAGGCCAAUAAUCCGGCGGAAGCUGUUCAAAAUGAACGACCUGGCGUUUUUUAAUUUAAUUCAUUUUUGUCUCGAUAUUUAUACUUCUAGUCAAUUAUGCGCUCUGUUUGAUAAAAUAAAACAAUAAAAAGUCCGUCAAGGCUCUUCUUCGGA